UACAACGUUUUUUCUCAGAAACUCGGCUCUGCUAUCGUCGAGGAAACAAGGGGUUCGCAGAACGGUGCUAAGACGAGGAAAAACUGAUUUGGUACGCGUACCAAGGGAAGUGUUGGAACGCCGUGGAAAUGCGUCUUAGACAAUACAAACAUUUUCAUCGAGAUUCAAGGAGAGGCUGGGUAUUUUCUGUUUGUCCCCGGGUUGAUGUAUGGGCCAGUCACCAUGCAGAAGGACGUGUGCAUCCCCCAGUCGGGCGAUAUUGAAAUAACGAUCAAUAAAGGAAGCCCGGCAGGCCUCUUCUACACAAUGACCAUGACCCUCAAAGUUGAAGUCAGCAAUGUGAAUGAGAAGGUCGAUCCCUCCAUCUUUAAGGCACCUUGUAAACCUGAUCCGGCCAGAUUCAAUCCAUCCGACUCUCUUGAGAUUCAAACGCCGGAUGAGUUGGUUCAGUUGGCUCUCUCUCUAUUCAACACUCCCGCGUUUACCACUCCCGCGUUUACCACUCCAACAUACACAGGAACCUACGACCCCAGUGGUAAUCCUAGUUUUGAUACUACCACAACUCAAACACCCGAGACAGAGUCUGAUGAGGCUGAAGUUGAACAAGAAAAUAAUGAGGACGGCGAAGAUGAAGUAGAAGACGACGACGAUGUAGAAACCGAAAACGAAAACGACGAGGAUGACGAGGAGGAUGACUAGGAAAACAUAGACGAAGAAGACGGAGAGGCCGAUUCAACUAAAACCUCUGAUGAAACUCGGAGACGAAGGUGUCUAUCGUACCUGGAGCAAUCACAAAUCUGCUAUAUAGAGGAGUCGUUGACAGAAGUGUCUGCCCAACGAGUCGUACAGUAAUUACUUCCUUGACUGUCCGAAGUGUACUGAACCCAUAAGGAAACAGUACGACACAUUAGCCAUGAUUCUCGGUAUUACGAUAGUCUGUCCGAGAGCAAUUUCUACAUGUAUAAGGCUGAUCGGUUAUUUAUGUUAUCCUCAAUCUGUCCCAGAACUUCAUACAAGAAAGCAGGCCUUUUUAAGUGUAUACCUUCAUUCAUCAGCCGCCCAAUAACUGUUCAUGUAUUCGUAUUGUCCUUGCACCUGCGUCAUCUUGUUCAUACACUGUAUUAUAACUUUGUGUAUGGAAGCCUAUAACGGGGUGGAUUACUAUCCCAUUCAAUAGGCAAGAACAUAAAAUUGACUUGCAUCAAA